CACCAAUCAGCGCUACCAAACUUGCUUUACCCAUUGUCAUUUGCGGGUCCUCUUCCACCAAUAUGGAGUUCCCCUAAACUGUUCUUUUGUCACCCUUGGGUUCUAUACACGAUUGGUGCAUUUGGUGUCAUGAUAGCAAGCCUUGGAUGGCCCCUAUUCCUGUUUGUUGUUGGCCGCUGGAUGAACGGAAUCACCGACCUCAGCAAGACUACUCAGGAGAGGGAGGAUACAGGAUCAGAUGCUGCAAUCUGGAUGCUGGGCCCUUUGCUGGGUGCAUUCUUUGGCAGUUACCUCUGGUUCCAAUGUUAUGCCAGGGCUUCAAGGUCAUUGGCCACAAAGAUGCGAUUGGAAUACAUCUCCUCUAUUCUGUCACAAGACACGGCCUACUUUGACACCCAUGGCUGUGGAGAGAUCACUACUCGCUCAGACAAAGACAUUGAUACGAUUGAGAAAGGCUAUGGGGAACAUCUGGGCCGAUCUAUGCACCUGAUUUGCUAUGUGAUUGCGAACAUGACUGUGGCUUUUAUCUCACUUCCAAAGCUGGCCGCAGUAUUGUUUCCCUUCACAAUAUGGAUGCUUGGACUUUUCUUCCUGAUUGAGUGGACUGUCAAAAAGCAAUCAAGAAAAGCUGAGGCGGCAUAUGGCCUUUCAAACACAUUUCUGGAGCAAUGCUUUGCUGGUAUCAGGGUGGUUCAGACAUUUGCUAUGUCACAACCAUUGAUGGAGCACUGGGAUACCAAAUUCUUGAAGAAAGUAGAGAUGCUACAGACCCGCCCAGGACUUGUGCGGUCCAUCAAAAUCGCAUGGUGUCAUUUUGCCUUGUGUAUCAUCCUGGCUGCUGGAUACUAUUACGGGUGGUCUCUCAAGGAUGAGGGCUACCAGCCUGGAUCCAUCUUCAAUACCAUCAUCUGCUUCACUGCUAUGCAUUUUAUGGUGUACAACCGCUUGAACUCUGUUUCUAGCUUCCACAGUGCCACCGCCUGUGUGCAAGUCCUGCGUCAUCACAUUGAAAGACAGCCCCACAUUGACAUCCGAGACGGAUCUGGCAUUGACCUCAAGCCAUUCUCAGCUGGUUGCGGAUACACUCCCACCAUAACUCUCUGCAAUGUCACUUUUGCCUAUCCAUCCAGACCAGGUAUCAAGGCCCUUGACAAUGUGUCACUAGUCGCUGAGGCAGGUCAAUUGACAGCAUUUGUUGGCCCAUCUGGAGCAGGAAAAUCAUCAAUAGCAGGAUUACUUGUCCGGCAGUAUGAUCCCAGCACUGCAAAUCAACCAAAUCCUCACGACUUGGGCACUACUAUGGAGAAAGAUACACCUCCUGAAUCUCGCAGCAAAACAAAGACCACUGACAACAUGGAGAAGGGCUACAUUGCACCCGGGAUUAACAGCUCUGAGAUGGGUCCUGAAAGUGUAGAAGGAGGAGGUACAAUACUUCUGGAUGGAAUUGAUUUGCGUCAAUACAAUCUACGCUCCCUUCGGUCACAAAUCAGUGUGGUACAUCAGGAACCUCAGCUGAUAUCAGGGAGCGUUUUUGACAACAUAGUUGCAGGACUUUCCAUGUCUCCUGACAAUUGCCAAAUCAACCAGGAAGAGGGCAAUCAAGAGAAAAAUGCAUCAGCUCGGCAGCUCUGUAUCGAUGCACUGAAGAAGGCUGAGGCUUGGGAUUUUGUCCAAGAUCUGCCGGAAGGAAUGGACACCCAAAUUACAGGAGGUCGCUCAGGAAUCUUAUCUGGUGGUCAACAACAACGGUUGGCCAUUGCAAGAGCACUCAUUGGUAACCCUGCUAUCUUGAUCUUGGAUGAAGCCACAAGUGCCCUAUCAAGCAAUGUUGAACUGGAAGUUCGAAACAACCUGGAAAAGGAACAGCAAGAGCGAGGCUUGACAAUCAUAUCCAUUGCUCAUCGUCUACAGUUUGCUCAGCAUGCCAACAAAAUUGUUGUCAUGCAGCAGGGUCAUAUCGUGGACACUGGCACAUACACAGAAUUAUCAUCACCAGAACGCCCUGACCAGACUUUUGCCCGUCUCUUGAACAAGGGUUCCUCUGAGGAAAGCCAGACUCUGCAUGCCCAUCUCAAAGAAGAUGACAAGAGCAGCCAAAUCUCCGACACAGACGGUUCUCAAACCAAGCUGUCAAAGCCUUCAAGCCUGGAACAUAGCACAAGAGGAACUCGUGAUGAUGCCUUCACCAACAGCUUCCCAGCCCAAAGAAAAGAAGCAUCAGGUUUGAUGCAAUAUAUCACCACCAGAAGGAUACCCUUCUUCAUGAUGAUACUCUUCACUGUGCUCAAUGCAUGCACAAGGGUAGUUUUCCAAUUACGGAUAGGACAGUCCAAUGCUAAGCUGAGCGGAGCUGUGGAUCCCAUGAGCAUAGAAGUCCAUUCAGUCAUUUGGCUUGGUUAUGCUUUCUGGUGGUUUGCAGUCACCUAUGGGCAGGAGAGCUCAUCAGGGAUCACCCAGAAGGCAGUGGAAAGACACCUAGCCUUGGCUAGUGCCAAGUCCCUGGUUCAGCAGGAAAUCUCGUACUAUGAAGAAGAACUCUCAUCAGCUGGGAUGCUUACCGCCAAUCUGGCAAAACAUACAUCAGGUAUAGCAGAGACCUUCACCAUCAGCCUCACACGGGUCGGCGCCUUGGCUCUUGCGUCACUUGGAACAUUGGUGAUGAGCAUGAUCUUGUCAGCAAAAUUUGGUGCCUUGAUAUUCCCAUUACUACUGUUAGCAGGAGCUGCAGGAUGGCUACAAAUCAAAGCCCUCUCUAUAUUUGAAACGCUACGUCAAGGCCCAGGAGACCGUAUCUCAACAAUAAUCAAUGAGGCGGUGGAUUCCAUUGCAACAAUUAUGAUCCUUGGUCAAGAGGGAAAGACUGUGAACUCUAUCGAAAGAUUGAGUGGAGUUACCGGUCAGAUGACUAAAUGGGAAAGCAUAUUUCAUGCGGCACAAGCUUUUGGAGAAUCCCUUGUGUUUGGGGUUGGAGCAUUACUGUUUUGGUGGGGAGGCCGACUUUACGUCAGAGGAGACAUUUCACCAGUGGCCUUGUUUGCCAUCUUUGAAGGCUUGUUUGCCGUGAUCUUUGUCAUCACACCAUUACUGGAAUACCUGAAUGCUGCCACACGAGCUCUUCACAGCUGGAAGAUAGUCAGAAGCUAUUUACAGCGGGAACCCCGUCAUGCUUGCAAGGGACAACUGCAACAUGAAGGUUCUCUUGUUGAUCAGGCCAUUCAAGGGGAUAUUAUCUAUGAGAAUGUCACAAUGUGUUACCCAAAACGCAAAGAUCAUCUUGCAUUGGAUGAUCUCACGUUGCAUUUGAGAGGGGGUCAGGUCAAUGCAAUUACUGGUACCAGUGGAGGUGGAAAAAGCACAAUACUGGCAUUACUGCAACGCUUCUAUGACCCUACCAGUGGCAUAAUCACAUUUGGGGGCCUUGAUUCUCAGGCUAUCCCUCUAGACGCUCUCCGGUCACACCUUGCUAUUGUUUCCCAGAACUCUGUGCUGUUUGAAGGUGACAUACGGUUCAACCUGAGCUUGGGUGCCAAGGAUCCAGACAACGUCUUGCAAGCAGAACUUGAGCAUGUUUGCAGACAGGCCUGCAUCUUGGACUUCAUUCAGAGUUUGCCAGACGGAUUUGCAACAGAUAUCGGUCUGAAGGGCACCAGACUGUCUGGUGGCCAGAGACAACGUCUGUGCAUUGCGCGUGCUCUUCUGCGCAACCCAAGCAUUCUUCUGCUAGAUGAGGCUACAUCAUCCCUUGAUGCAGUCAAUGAGGCUGAGGUCGAAAAGGCGUUGCAGAACGCUUCAAAAGGCCGCACUGUCAUUGUGAUCGCACACAAGCUGCAGUCCAUCAGGAACGCUGACUGUAUCUUCGUCAUUGCCGGUGGAAAGCUGGUGGAAGAAGGGACUCACAACAAUCUUGUGGAGAAACGUGGUCAAUACUACGAACUCAUCAAGAGUCAGUUGUGAAGGGGCCGGUA